CAGUUGCACUCGAUGUGAGUGAGCCCCAUUCAGUUUCUGACUUUUUCCCUCAAGUACAGGCGAGAAGAGCAGAGGGAAGGAUGCACCAUCAUCAUCAUCAGCAGCAGCAUCAUCAUCAGCAGCAGCAGCAGCAGCAGCAGCAGGACUGAGGAUGCUGACACUGUCUCUCAUCCAUACUGGACAAUUUACUGAUUAGAGAGGGAAAAAACGACUGGCUGGAUUUUUAUAUACUAUACUUCCUCAUCAUUUCAGGGUUUUCUUUGCACAUCUUUUUGUUUUUUUUGAGUGGUUUGAGUUCUGUCUCUCGCCUGUGAUGUGUGCGCUGCUGCCCGCGUGGCUGUGGCUGCUGCUUGGCCUCCUGCCUGUGGAGGUCCAGACCCGAGCUUUAACUCUGCAGAGCCUCUCUCACAGACACAGGCUGAGUUUAGCCAGAACUUCCAAACCCCCCAAAUCUUCCCCUCACGUUACCGCCAUGCCUCCUGUGUCUGACCUCUCUGUUACCGUUGACAACCACAUCACACCAGGACACAACAGACAUUUCUCAUGGAAAGCACUGCUGCACAAAGAGGCCCCGCUCACAUGGUCUGAUCCGUUGUUGCUGCAGGAAGCACCGGCUCACCUGCGCGGUUCAAGAGGUCGGCGCCAUGCCGCUGGUGGGAGGAGCCACAGCCACCUGAUGAGGGUGGGGUGCGUCUUAGGCACCUGUCAGGUUCAGAACCUCAGCCACCGUCUCUACCAGCUGAUUGGACAGAGUGGGAGGGAAGACUCCUCCCCCGUCAACCCUCGCAGUCCUCACAGCUACGGCUAACACCGAAACUCUGGCAACACGCCUUUAAGAAACCCAGAUGUUAUUGCAACAGUAACAUGACAAAACCUGAGAAUAAGGCUUUUGAUGUUUGUGCGUAGGAUUAUUGUGUUUCUUUGCAAUUUAGGUCUUAUUCUAUUGUUCGGUAAAAAGAUAAAAAAAAGAAAAGUAAUGCAACGUAAGAGGGGGAUAAGAGAAGUAUCACCCGACCUUUAAAUGGUAAAUAUUAACUCUACAUCAAGUUUUACUAGGGAUGCUCGAUAUUAUUGGCCGAUAAUGGCUAUAAAAUGUUUUAUUGGAUAUUGGCGAUC